CGGAAAAGACGGCCGGCGAAGAGUCCCUGAGCAAAUCAGAUCGCAGGAAAUUAACUGCCGGCUUUCAAAAAAUUCUCCCUCGCCGCCAUCAUCGAUCGGCGGCCCGGAGGCGCAGGUGCUGUUGGCGGAGACCAGGGCGAGCCGCGUGUGACUGUGCGUUUGUGUGUGGGACAGCCCGGGGAGGAAGCCUGACAAAGCCACAGCCACCAUGGCGUCUGAAGACAUUGCCAAACUUGCCGAAAGCCUGGCCAGAACCCAGGUGGGCGGGGGACAGCUCAGCUUCAAAGGGAAAAGCCUCAAACUCAACACGGCAGAGGAUGCUCGGGAGGUGAUUAGAGAGAUAGAGGCCUUUGAGGGCCUUGAGGCCCUGCGCCUUGAAGGCAACACAGUGGGUGUGGAGGCAGCCAGAGUUAUCGCCAAAGCCCUGGAGAAGAAAUCGGAACUGAAGCGAUGCCAUUGGAGCGACAUGUUCACUGGGAGGCUGAGGUCGGAGAUCCCUCCUGCCCUGAUCUCGCUGGGGGAUGCCCUCAUCACAGCCGGGGCACAGCUGGUGGAACUGGAUCUGAGUGAUAACGCCUUUGGGCCAGACGGUGUGCGGGGCUUCGAGGCCCUGCUCAAGAGCUCGGCUUGCUUCACACUGCGGGAGCUGAAGCUUAACAACUGCGGUCUGGGCAUCGGUGGUGGCAAGAUCUUGGCAUCAGCUCUGACUGAAUGCCACCGGAAAUCCAGCGCCCUGGGCAAACCGCUGGCCCUGACGAUGUUUGUGGCCGGCAGAAACCGCCUGGAGAAUGAUGGAGCCACGGCCCUGGCUGAAGCCUUUGGGAUCAUUGGGACCCUGGAAGAAAUCCACAUGCCUCAGAAUGGGAUCAACCACCCUGGUGUCACAGCGCUGGCCCAGGCCUUCGCGGCCAACUCCCUGCUGAGAGUCAUCAACCUGAAUGACAACACUUUCACUGAGAAGGGGGCGGUGGCCAUGGCCGAGACCCUGAAGAUCCUGAGGCAGGUGGAAGUGAUCAAUUUUGGCGACUGCCUGGUGCGUUCCCGAGGGGCUCUGGCCAUCGCUGACGCUGUGAAGGAGGGGUUGCACCGACUGAAGGAGCUGAACUUGUCUUUCUGUGAAAUCAAGCGAGACGCCGCGCUGGCCAUCGCAGAGGCUGUUGAGGACAAAUCAGAACUGGAAAAAUUGGAUCUCAACGGGAACGCCUUGGGUGAGGAAGGCUGCGAGCAGCUUCAGGAGAUCCUGGAAGGCUUCAGCAUGGCCCACACGCUGGCCUCGCUCAGUGACGACGAAGGGGAGGAGGAGGAAGAGGAGGAAGAGGGGGAGGAGGAAGAGGAAGAGGAGGAGGAGGAAGAGGAGGAAGAGGAGGAGGAAGAGGAGGAGGAGGAGGAGGAGGAGGAGGAGGAGCUUCAGCGAGGUGAAGCAGAAGAAGUGACCACGCCCCCCAAGAAGAUCCUGGAUACGCACGUUGGGGAACCUGCUUCUGUGCUGUGCUCUCCCACUGACGUCUCCACAUUCCUCGCUUUCCCGUCUUCGGAAAAGCUUCUGCGUCUUGGGCCCAAGAGCUCAAUGCUGAUAGCCCAGCAGACGGACACGUCUGAUCCAGAGAAGGUGGUCUCGACUUUCCUGAAGGUCUCCUCUGUGUUCAAAGAUGACCUGGCGGUGAAGACGGCUGUUCAGGAGGCGGUGGACGCCCUGAUGAAGAAAGCCUUUGGCUCCGCCACCUUCAACUCCAAUGCGUUCAUCACCAAGCUCUUAAUACACAUGGGACUGCUCAAGAGCGAGGACAAGAUCAAGGCCAUCCCCAAUCUCUAUGGCCCCCUGAUGGUCCUCAACCACAUGGUCCAGCAGGAUUACUUCCCAAAGACCUUGACGCCCGUGCUCCUGGCCUUUGUGACCAAGCCCAACAGGGCUCUCGAGUCCUGCUCCUUUGCCCGCCACAACCUCCUGCAAACCCUCCACCAUGUCUAGUCGCUCAGAGGCCGGGCCUCUGCCGUCAUCCCCCAACGAACUUUAUGAACUGAGAGCCCCUGCCCAGUCCCCCAAGGACAAGUGUGUGUGUCCGCCAUCACUUCCACUGAAGAGACCUUCCCCUGCCUUCCACCCUGGGAAACCUCGGGGAGGCUGCUUUGGUUUGGUGUUUGUCCUCCCCCCCAGUGCCCCACCUGCUGGCCCCGGCCCUGGCCCCGGCUCCGGUCCCAGGGUUUGUGGGGUUUUUAAUGACGUCUGUGUUCUGGAUCAGCCUCGCCAGCCUGCCUCAGGGGAGCUGGCCUUGGACACUUCCAUCCUGCCUGCUUCUGGAAAUGGAUGGUGGCCCCCUCAUUAAACGCUGUUCCCUGCCCUCACGCUGGCCUGCCUGGAUCUCCCCUGGCCAUCACUAACUGUUCUGGGGGCAGACGGUGCCCAUAGCUGGCAUGGGGAGCCUCUCAGCUGCUUCCGCCCACGGGAUCUUUGGGAAAGGGAGCAGCCUCAUCUCAGCCUCCUGGGCUCUGCUGCCUGGGAGGGGCACGGAGUUAGUCUGGGGGGGCCACGUGGGAGAGGCAGACCCAGUGACCCAGGAUCCUCCAUGGGGAGGAGAGCUAGGCUGUGCCUGGGUGCCUACUCUCUGCUGUGGCAGCAUCAGACUGACCAUCCGCGACCCUGUGCUGUGCUGGGCCUGAGCUCGGCCCUUCAGCAGGGUGGUCUGGGGAAGGCCCCAUCCUACCCAGCCAGACCAAGGCGGGAGAGCUGUCCCCUGUUGCUUGGCUCCCUCCGGCCCAGGCUUGGCCACCAUAACUGGUGGCCCAGAAGGGUUAGGUGGUCAGAGCACAGCUGGUCCAGGUGGUUGGGCUCCCUGGGGGUGCAGCAGCCAUUUUCUUCUGGGCUUUGGUGGGUUCCGAGUCAGGGCUGGGUCUCCUUGGCUCCCUAACCUUUGCUCUUGCCUCACUAUGCUUGGGCCCUGCCUGGGGCUACCGCUCUGCGUCUGGUCAGCCCAUGCUUCAUAAUGGACCAAAACGCUGAGGAGGGGGUGCAGCAGGGACACCCCCCCUUCCCUUCCCCGUAACAUAUCUAAGAGUGGCAGGGGCCCCGGGAGCAGGACCCCAGGGUGCUCUUGACCUGUCUGCGGUGGUGGUUUCCCAGCCUGCGCUGUGGCCUUGGGGGCCCCUCCGUGGGAGCACUGGCAAAGGCUGCUGGGAAGGCUCGGAGCAGAUCUUUGUCCAGCUUCUCUGGCCUUUUCCCAGCUUUAGCUAGUGUUCAUAGGAACGUGUGUGUGCUUGAGGAGAGUGGGCCCUGGCCUGGUUGGCGUAACCCAGAGCAGGGCUGGCGGUGGCGGGGCCCCCUUUGGCUUCUUCAGCCACUUUCUUGACUUCACUUCUCUGGCUGCUCACAGGGGAGGUCAGGGCAGAGAGGCCCAGCUGUGUGGAGCCGCCUUCUGGGCUCUGGUGGGUCAGAGGACGAGGGAGGACUCUCCAGAAUCUCCCCUUGGUGGGCCUAGGCCAGGGUGGCUUCCGAGCCGACUCAGAGCUGAAGGGGCCAGCUCUGGCAUGGCCUCACCCCAGGGUGCCUUCACCCCUGCACGCCUGUUCUCAUCUGUGUCGGUACUUGUGCUGAUGUGUGCGUAACUGUCCUGCCUGGGCUGGGGUUAGGGUAGCAGACAGAAUAAAGUGAUGUGUUGCAA